AACCUGUUUUGUUUUCAUUCCAGACAAAACAACUGCAGAUACGAAACACAAUAUCUGCCUCUUUCCACCGACAGAUACUUCUUUGAUUGCGGAGACACCGGCAGACAGAAAUAGACUCUUCUGUGUCUACUGCCAUAAAUCGCCGUGCCGGCCGGCACGUCCUCCUGGCACCUAAAUGAAUCUGCCUCCCUUCCACCCGUCUUCUCCCUCCCCUCAUAAUGGAUCCAUAUAUUGUCAAGUCAGGCUGUGGACACUGAUCUGUGCUUGUCAAUACGAUUUCUUCUGCUAAUCUGCUGCUUGGAUGUACGUCCCCGUUGCUCUAUUUAUAUGUGCACUUACUGUUGUUCUCAUUGUGCCGGCAUGUGUGUUCCCCCUCCUGCCUCUCUCUCGCACUCUCUCCACCUCUAUCUCGCCUUUUCUCUCCCCCUGUCCUUUGCUGCGUCGCUGUGUCCUCAAAUGUACCCCUCCCUAUUUCUCCCUCCGUUGCUUUUAUUGCAAUUCUCUGAAGAGACUUCUUGAUUUCUGUUUUGGUUCAAUUUGAAGAAUUUGGAAUGUACCAAAACCACAUCAAAGAGACCAACAACAACUGCAACGAAGGCCUUGUCAGUGAUCACAAGGAAAAGCUUUACGAUGCUAUUAAAAGAAUAAAGCACGAGGUAGAUGAGUGCAGAGAAGAAGAGAGAGAGACGUACGUAGAGUCACUACGAGUGGAGAAUAGUUUUGAUUCACUGGAACGAGAAAUCAGUGCCGAGUUUGCAAACCUCCAUCUUUUCCUGGACGAGGAGGAGUGUAAGGAGAUAGAGCGACUGAGGCGGGAGAAACAGAAACAACUGAAGCAGCUGAAGGAAAGAAAGAAGAAGAUGGCAGAGCAAGGGAGAGACCUGGAGAGAGCAAUCUCUGUGCUGAACAGCAAACUGACUGAGGAGAACAGUCCUAAACUGAUCAGAUCCUCCCCAUCUUGUCCGAGCAGGUCAAAGGUCUGCUUCGUUCCUCCAGCAGAAGUGGACACUGAGGUGCGCUCCGGACAGUUUGUGGGGCCGAUACAGUACAGGAUAUGGAAGCACAUGAGAAGCUCCCUUUACCCAAAUAUCACACCAAUGACCAUUGACCCCGACACAGCCCACCCUAAUCUGUCGGUGUCCCAGUCUUGCACUUCAGUGUGCUUUGAGGAGGACAAGGACACAAAGCACGUCCAGGCCAACCCACGACGGUUCCACUACUACUACUGCGUGUUGGGCCAUCAGAGCUUCACCACAGGCCGGCACUACUGGGAGGUGGAUGUGGGACAAAAGACGGCGUGGCGGUUGGGCGUUGCACGAGGAGAUGUCCCACGAGGUGAGAUGGAUGCUACUGGCGCGUCCAGUGGCCUCUGGACUCUGGCCUUGAUGGGCGGAUCCGUCCAAGCCUACACCGACCCGAAGCCCACCAAGGUCAACGUGUCGCUCCGGCUCGUCCGCAUCGGUGUGUUAUUAGAUUGUGAAAAGGAGGAGGUGUCUUUCUAUAAUGCCGUUACCAUGGCGCCGAUCUAUACCUUUACAAUGGGGACGGUUGGGGUUCCCUUGUUCCCCUUCUAUAAUCCAUGUGAUGCAGAUGAUGGGAAGAACACAGAAUCGCUUAAGAUCUUUAACCCUUCACUAUGACGAGGGGAUGCAGGAAUUUCUAAUAAAGAUAGCAAAUAUAUAUUAAUAAAAUCAUUCUUACAUUAAGAGCUGAGGUGAUUGAAAAGAAAUAAUUGGUUAGUACUUUAAAUAUCAGUCAAUGGUUGGUAGGAAACAUUUGCUUUAUUUUGUUAUAGGGUUUGGGUUUGGAAUAGUCAUGAUACAAGCCACGGUUUGGUUUGUGGAUAUUUUUCAAUCUUUUCUGUUGAUUUUAUAAAAAAUACAUACAUAUACAUAAUACAGAUUUGAUGAUAAAAUAAAUUAAUUAUUUAUUGCAGCCCUAAUUAUAUGACACACUUGCCUAAACUUUCUGAACAAGAAAAAUCCACUUUAAACCUUUUUUUUUAUAACCAUCCAUAUUUGUAUCUGUUUUCAAUAAAAACCUUGUGAUUACUUUAGAGUUAGUGGAGAAAAUCUGAACCUUGAAACUUGAGCAAAUGUAUUUGUUAAAAUGGUAGAUGAAAUCACAGCCCGCGUUCUGCUGACGUCUAUAACAGGCCACGACAGCAUUAUGGUGUUACCUUUGGCCUGUUUAUAAAUAUCUCUCACGUCCCGGCUUAGCUACGAUAUGCCCUGGCAAUGUUAUGGAAGUCGGUAUUAGUAAGACGCCGCGGCCUGAGGGGGGUUAAAUUUGGCGCGUCACAUGAAUGACGGCUGACAUUGAGGGAGACGUCUCACUGAGAUCAAACAAGACAGAAGCGUCACACUCCAAGACAACAACACGGCAGGUGUCAUGAUCACUUGUUUAUUCUUAGUAUUCCUUUAGACAUGAAAUAAAGAAAACAUUUUACAAAA